GAGCCUGGCGGAGGGGGGGGGCGGAGCCUGGCGGAGGGGGGGUGGCGGGCCUGGAGCUCAGGUUGCCCUGGGAGUUUGGAGAGCUGGCCCAGGAGGGCGCCGCCCACAACGCUAGAAUCGCCCUCGCUCACUCUCCCCGGACAACGUCGUUCCGCGAGUCGUCCGCGAGUCCGGACCCCUGUAGCCGCCUCUCUUGCCCCUUACGUCCUAGAAGCGAUUGGCAUGAUGGAGAACAGCAAGAUGCACCUCCUCCUCCUCGGUCUCCUGGUCCUGAUGAUGUUCUGGAGUCCAGGUGAAGCUCUGAAAUGUUACCAGUGUGAUUCUUCUUCACAAUCCUGUACCAAGGAGGUCACUUGUACAGCGGAGAACGAUGCGUGCCUUCAGGCUGCUAGUGGUGGAAUUUAUUACCAUUCAUGUUGGAAAUAUGCUGACUGCAACAUAGAGAAGAUUACACAAACCUUUCCCGUUCCCAAUGCCCAGUACCACUGCUGCCAACGUGACCUAUGCAAUGCUGCGGGGGUGGGGACCACAGUUAGCAAGACAACCAUGAUUGCUGGGCUGUUGGUGGUGGUGGUCUCAAGUUUCUACCUUUAAUUGAGCAGAAAGAGCCCUAAGGAAUGUGUGUGUGUGUGUGUGUGUGUGUGUGUUGGGGUUUCCAUUUCCCUCUUCAUGAGCUCUCAAGUGUUAUGUUUCUCACUAAGUGCAUUUUGUAUGGGAGAAGGAUGUUUAGUUACAGCUAUUCAUUUGAGAAGCAGGUACCCAAAAGUUGCUCAGGGGGAAAGUGUUGGAUGUUAUCUAUAUGGAUGGCAUUCUCAUCCCCGAGCAACCUGCCCAUCUCGGGAGACAUUUUAAACUCUGAAGUGGUGGAAAGAACACUGUAACUGCUGGUAACUUGUCAUUUCUGGAGGCUUCCUCAAGCUGUCCUGGCUCCCCCAACCCUCCACCCCAAAGCUGUGUCCACAUGUUGGGUGACAUGAUUAACCAUGAGAAUUCCCAUGUGGUGUUUCUUCCCACUUCUUCAAAUAACUCAGUUCAUGAUCUUGACUAAGCAGCUGUCCCUUCUCAUUUCUUGGCCUUCGAAUUAAGACAAUCUUUUUUUUUUUUUUUUAAAUUAAUGCUUCUAUCACGGUGUGAACUAUCUAGGCCCAUCCUUUUAGCUCUCGAGCCAAUUUUCAAGCAUUUCCUUCUCAGUCACAGAGAAAGGACACGUUGGCCCAGUCUAAAAAUAUAGCCUGCCCAGAAAACAAUUGUCAUCAAAGCCCUUGCUUCAUUGUGAUUGGGAUGGGUUCUGAGAAAUGUCUGCAUGACAAGGAGGACAGACCCCUCUAGUUGGAAGGGCACUAGAACCCAAUCCCUCUCUGGGAUAAAUAUAAGAUGUCUCUGUGAUGAGAGACACUUAGCUGAAACUUGAGCACCUUCAGGUUCCCUUUCCCCACUCAACCCUGAGAUUUGAAUUAAAGAUGAGAUUGGAGCUCUAGUGGGAGCAUUUACAAAGCCAAAAUUAAUGUGUUCCAAUUCUAUUAACCAUUCUCCCACCCAGCCAAAUUAACCAACUGUUGGCCUGCAUGUUUUGCGUAUCCAUUUGACUGACUUGAGAUUUAAAAUUGUUGGUGAAAGGUCCUUUUUCCAUACAUAAUAUCACUGCUUCUGAAUAUGGUGGAAGAGUCAAUGAAGCCGCUCUGUGGGGCUCCAAACUGCAUCCUUAACAGAUACAAGAACUUACUCAUUGCCAAGAUUAUUCAAAGCUAUCAUACUCGCAUUAUUAACAGAACAGGUGGGGAAAAGCCCUCCCCUGUUAUGAGGGCUAUUAUAUGCUGCUGUCAGAUGCAUUGACUUCCUAGGAGACACUCCACCUGCUAACUUUGAUUUCCCCUCCUUUUAUAGUUGUAAGCAUGAUGCUCCUACCGCCAUGAGAGCCCCUUGACAACAUAUUAUUAGAAUGACUGAAAAAAAAGAUUUUGUAUUCCCAAAGUGUUGACUCUGUACUCAAUAGCAUGUAUUAGCUUUGUAGAUGAAGGCACCAUUAUGAAAGUCUUUUUAACUUUGAAAAUUGAAAGAUAUUCUGCAGCCAGGUGGAAGAAUUGUAAGCAAUUGUGUCUUCUGAAAAUUAAAUCCAAUCAAGCUGUUG